AUAGUUUUUCAUUCAAGAAUUGAACCGUUUAUGCAGGUUAUAUACCAAACAAAGCAAGAAAAUGGUGUUAGCCGGAGAUGAUGAAGUGCAGGUCACUUUGAAGCCUGAAUAUGAUAGAGCAAGUGAAGUAAAAGCUUUUGAUGGCACGAAAGCCAGUGUCAAGGGACUUGUUGAUGCUGGAGUUUCUGAGGUUCCUCAGAUGUUUCAUCACCCACCAGAUAACUUUGAGAAGAGUUCUGUUUAAGGGGAUAACCGAUUUUGUAUUCCCACUAUUGACCUUGAAGGUGGGGUGGAAGAUAUAGUUCUUAACGAAAAAAAUGGUAUCAUGUGGGUUCUAAGGACAGUCCUUGCACCUUGUAGCAGAUGAUUUUUUGUUGCUUCCUUCAUUCUUGUUACUUUUAUCAUAUUAAAAAUACCCACUUUUC